AUGGACUUUGUCUCGUCGUCGUUCAACUCGACCCUUGGGGCGCUGACCAACCCCGCCACGGCGCAGUUGGCCACCGACCUCUACAAGGGCACCGACUUCAACAGCCUCAACGUCCUCGAAAAGGCAUGGGCCAACUGGUACCUCUACUGGGGUAACCCGGUCCUCGCCACUGGCAUCAUGUCCUUUGUGCUCCACGAGAUCGUCUACUUCGGACGGGCCAUUCCGUGGAUCAUCAUUGACCAGAUGCCGUCGAUGCGCAAGUACAAGCUGCAGGACGAAAAGAUCCCCACGGCCAAGCAGCAGUGGGACUGCACCAAGUCGGUCCUGCUCAGCCACUUCACCGUCGAGCUGCCACAGAUCUGGUCCUUCCACCCCAUCUGCGAGUACUUUGGCAUGGCCACCCACGAGGUCCCCUUCCCCAGCCUCUCGACCAUGGCCUGGCAGAUCGCCCUCUUCUUUGUGUUUGAGGACGCCUUCCACUACUGGGCCCACCGCGCCCUCCACUGGGGCCCCCUCUACAAGCACAUCCACAAGAAGCACCACGAGUUCUCGGCGCCGUUCGGGCUCGCCGCCGAGUACGCUCACCCACUCGAGGUCCUGAUCCUCGGCACGGGCACCAUUGGCGGCCCCUUCCUCCUCUGCGCCUUUACCAAGAACCUUCACAUCCUCACCGUCUACGUCUGGAUCGUCCUCCGCCUCUUCCAGGCCAUCGAUGCCCACUCUGGCUACGACCUGCCCAUCAGCAUGCACAACUGGAUCCCCUUCUGGGCCGGCGCCGACCACCACGACCACCACCACGCCGCCUUUGUCGGCUGCUACGCCACCAGCUUCCGCUGGUGGGACCACUUCAUGGGCACCGACGCCUCCUACAAGCGCACGCGUGCCAGGCAGGCCGAGAAGAAGAGGCAGGCGGCGCUCGCGGCCAAGGCCGCCGAGGUCAAGUCGUCAUGA